AUGGUACAGCCAGGAUCAGAUAAUGGACAGAAGAGUCCAACUACAGGAGCCAGCUCCCUAGCUUUUCAGAACUCAAGCUCACCGAAUAUGUUCUCACUCCCUUCUCAGAAGAAAACAUCACCUUUUGGCGGCAUAUUUGAUAACAAGGACGCGCCUGGCGACAGCAGCAAAUCGACUUUCCAGUUUGGUGGAAAUAACGGCUUUUCAACACCAACUAACACGCCUGGCGAUAGCAGCAAAUCGACUUUCCAGUUUGGUGGAAAUAACGGCUUUUCAACACCAACUACCCCGUCCAUUUUUUCUACCACUGGUUCCAGUUUUAACAUGCCAGCCCCAACACUGUUUUCAAUGAACCAGCAACCAAUUUGCACUGGAUCAGGAAACAUGAAAGCUGCUGAAGCUUCAGCUGAUGCGGAUGAAGGUGUGUAUCUACCAAUUUGUUAA